AUGCCCUUCCCGCGCCCGGUCUCCCCAUUCUCCCUCGAGACAUGCGCUACCCCGCCCCACAGCUUUGACACCGAUGCCUUGCUCGGUUCGGACGAUGAACUGGAUGACGCCGCUAGUGCCGCACAGCGACAGCGCAUUGAGAAACUCGCCGAGUCGUAUCUGCAGGGCAAACCAUUGUUUAUUCUCUCCGCUGGACUGAAAGGCCCGUUGGAUGAGGAAUGGAAGAAUCCGUGGGAAAAGCGCAGGAAGCGUGGGAAAGCCACUUCGGGGUUGCAACCAGAGAAAGCCAAUGCGCCCGAACGUAUGGUCAAGGAAACCGAUUUGCGCGCACCGAGAUUUAGAGAGAGCUUGCCAGCUAGCGGCCGUGAACACGAGAUACCAGCGUCGUCUUUGAAUCGUGCUGGGAGCUCCUCGGCUCAGCCCGGAGCUCGGUCUUUGUCAUCUAAAUCACCACGGAGGGACUCUACGCAAUCAGCUUCGCGGUCAGGCCGCGGCGACUCCAAUGGGAAAUCGCGUUCCCCUGUGAAAUCGAGUGGUCUACCGGAUUCAUCAGUGCAAAGUCAAUCGAGCGUACGACCUCGUCCGGCUGAUUGGCUCAAGAAGGACCGCAGGCUGAUGAACUUCACCAAGUUCGAUCCACCAAGCUCUCCUACGAUAUCGGUUGCAUCUCGUCAAUCAGACAAGGCUCGCCGACCGCCAGCUCGCAGUGUCCAGGUCCAGGUUCCGCAAACACCAGGAUCUCCAUCUAAACUACAACCCGUCAAAAACAUUCCACCGAAAACUGCCAAGAGUAGCUCCAAUGGGCGCACCCCAAAAUCGACACGGUCUACUAGCUCGACUUCACCCAGAAUAUCCAAAUCUAGGUCGUCCUUGGAUGACGAGAGCAUACUGCAAGAGGAAACUAUUUUGCAUGAUGGAACUCCAGCAGGGAAAGAAGUAGAUGUUGCUUCGCAGCCUGCUAGUGCUGUGAAUAUUCAGUCGGUGAAUACCACUACGACCAACGACCCGAAAGAGCCCCUCACCGAUCGCCCUUCUACUCACGCUGCCAGCGUUCAGCUGUCAAAAUCCGAUUCGCCAGAUGUCCCCGAUCAAGAAGCAGUUUCUCAGCAAGUGCCGCCGAAAGAAGCCGAAAGCCACAAAACCCAAUCCAAAGACCUUAGAUUCGCAGAUCAGUCCGACAUCGUCGACGGAGAAGACAAGGAGACCUUUCAGGGCACAGCGCCCUCUACAGAGCCCGAACCGGUUGCAACAGAGCAAAAUACAUAUGAAGAUCUGCCCUCCGCUCAAAGGGUUCCAGCGCCCCUGGGAGCAUCAGAUCGAAUCACAUCAUUGCACUCGACGGCAUUGCCAAAGGCAGACACUGACCUCGGUUCAAGCACAAGUCCUGAUACCCAGCUGUCAACCCAAGCAGCGCUCUUACACGCCCAAAAGUCCUUCCAGGAGGACCUGGACAGCCCGGCGUAUUAUGCCGCUACGCCUGGUCAAAACAAAGCGAUCCAUUCACCGAGUGGCACGAGUUAUUCAGCAAAUGUCACUCCUUUCUAUCGCAUAGAGCAGUCGCUACAACGGGAUUUUGAACAAAGCUCUCUAUCAGCGGAUAAGGAUAGGAUGCAAGCCAUGAGCACGCAAUAUAUGCUCGAUGCAGCCACGCCCUUCAACUUCAGUAUCGAGCAAGCUGGCCAAAACUCAAGUUGGAACCCGACCAAUAAGAACAAGAGCCAAGCCAUGGAUACGCAGUUCAUGCUUGAUGCAGCUACUCCCUAUGCCUUCAGCACGGAGAAAAAGCCUCGCGCAUCUCUACCGGAUCUGGCCAAAAGCCUGCCUACUGGAUCAAAGAGAAAGAAGCCCCAUGACGCGAGUUGCUUUAUGUCCCCCCCAGAGUGA